AUGAGUAGCAAAUUUACUAUUGCAACCCACUUUACAGACAUAAAUGAAGCACUGCAUUUCUUAAUGCCUUUGGAGGUCAAUACCACGGAAGCCACUACGUUGGUAGCGUCUCACGACCAGAUGAUCAAGAAUGAAGGUGCUCAGCAAGUAUUGGGCAUUUCAAGUUCCUUCCAUGCAUUUAAUUCGCCCCAUGGACGUCGUCAACGAACGCGCAGUAGCGAGAGCGAAGAGGAGAGUCGUUUAUCACCGCCAUCGCUUAGCAAUGGACUUCCGUCAAUUGAUGUCGCGGAAUUUCAACUUCGAAGACUUCAAAACGUUUCUGUCAAUUCUGCCGAACACACAAAUGGUGCACAUCAUUCAGACACAACGACUGAAUAUUCUUCUAGGCACCGACGAGCUGCCGUCUCGGUUCUCUCUGCGCACUCUUCCUGUAGCUCCAAGACAGUUGGUCGUAUUAACUAUAAUAUCGAUAAUUCAGAAAUAAAUGGAAGACCUGAAUCCGAUGACACAGCGCUACCCUGUCGCUAUUACGUGGAUGGAAAUGGACAGAUGCGAAUUAAAAAAUUCUGGUGGUGCUACACGAGAAUACGACGCAUCCUUUGGUUUGUUUUUCCAUGCCUUAAACGAGACAGCAACACGUUUUUAAGUGCAAAGAUGUUGGCCAAUACGAUGCUUAUUGUGGCUGUCUAUUUUAUUAGAGGCCUUUUAAAUCAUGCCGUGAUACCGAGUAUACUGACACACAGAGAUGAAAGAGCACAAGAUGAAGCAGAGACACAGUGUUAUAAACAUUCACUUAAGUUUCUAGAUAUGUACGCAUACUCGCUUUUAGCAAGUAUAGUACUUUGUCUGCCUGCGCUAAACUUCAACGCAUGCAGACUAUACCAACCUGUGUCCAGAUCCAGUGUGGAGGAUACUACAACACUAUCACCACGUUCGUCCAUGGAUUCUCCUUCCUCUGCAGUUGUUGACGUCCACAUGGAACAGCAGCGCUUUGAAAAGACUUAUUUAUUUACACUAUGCGAGCUCGUUGUGAUUGUGGAUAUUCCGUACCUUGUCGUUACACUUGUCAUUAUUUUCAAACCAUCGAGAUCUGGAAGUAUUAUUGAAAUGCUUGAUGCAUGCAAUCGUCAACUUACAACGGGAUUUUUUGUGCUGCUCGUAAUGGUGGAACUCGUCGCUGUGUACGCUUAUAUUCUACGAUGGCGACAAAUUCUUCUCUUUCACCGACUUCACCAGCACUUUUUUUUCCAACGUGGAUACGUUUCCGGUCACUCUCGCUUUGAUUAUGUCGAAAAGUCGUUUGCUACCCCGCUAUAUGCAUGGCUACCAGCUCCAUUAUGGGCGUGCUGGCAACGUUGCAAGCAGGAUUCGACUCGAGAGAAUCAAGAUAAUAUAGCACAAGGUAGCACAAAGCAGCGCAUUCAUGCUAUAAAAGUUGCCCUUUACAGUGCUGCCAAACGGGGGGAUGUGGAGAAAGUGCGCACAUUGUUGGAAUCUGCUGUUAGGCUUUCUGGUUCAGAUUUUGCAAGCGAAUGGUAUGAACCGCGCGUGUUAAAUUUUUGUAGCAUUUUUUUGCUUGCUUGUGGGCAGCGUAAUCCCUUACACGUGGCUAUCGCUUUUGACCAGAUUGAAGUUGUCCGUGAACUGCUCGCGAAUGGCCACUUUGACGUCCAGCAACUUGACAAACUAGAACUACUGCGAUUGGAUUGUGGGUGGCUCUAUCGUGUAAUGUUUCGCGUUCUCUUUUUCAUUUUACGCCGUUCAAGUGCUAGUAUUGUUGCAAACGCAUCCCUGGGUGCUGGUGUAGGAAAUGGAGGCGCAGCACCAGGGCUAACUAGCGCUUCCCAUCCAUUCGGACCAGUGGGUCUCUUUCAAGCCACUUUACUUACUCCACUGCAUGUUGCAGUGACAUUAGGCCACGUGGAUCUUACUCUUUUACUGUUGCGCUACGGUGCAAAGCCUAAUGCAUCGGCUGUAUCUACGCAUCCCCGCUUUGCUACCCCGCCGCUGUAUUGGGCUGUAAACAAGGAGUGCACACGGCUGUUGCUUGAUGCUGGUGGAAACCCUCUCGCGUUGCCUGGGGAUGCUAACGGGCUGUUACUUACAGCUUUUGAAGUGGCGCGGAUAGCAGGAAAUGCGGCUGUUGCUCGACAGAUGGAGAAAUAUGGUGGGGAUGUUGCGCUGACUCCUUUGCAUGAUGCUUGUGCUGGCGGACGUUGCGAAGAAGUGGCGUUUUUACUCGAACACGGCGCAGAUCCAGACACUCUUGGCGAACAAGUUUGUGGUUGUUUUCAGCGCACUCCGUUACACUGGGCUGCGAUGCGUGGCCAUGCGAGUAUCAUCAAGCUUCUCAUACGAUAUGGUGCAAAUGUUAACGCUCGCGACGUAUUUGGACGCACACCGCUGGCUUGGGCUUGUGUGCUUAAUCGCACUCGUGCUGUUGAAAUGCUUUUGUCAAACAAUGCUGAUGUAAAUGUGCGCGAUGCUCAGGGUGAUCCACUGCUUUGUAUCUGUGCAGCGGGUGCAUGUGCAUCCAUGAAGCGAGGAGCUAAGACAGUAGCAGGGAAACGUGAAAAUAUUGGAGAGGAUCGCUUGCAGGAGGACGACUGUGAUGGUGGCGAUAAUUACAGUGAUGUAGGCGUCACUUUGAGUGGAUCAAAGGCACUGUCACGUGGGUUUGACCCGCGAAUAUUUCAAUUAUUGCUUGAUCAUGGGGUGCGCUUGCAUGAUUCGCGCACCGUCAAUGGAGACUCGGCGCUUCAUGUAGCGUUACGCCGACAGAACCGAACUGCAGCCGUAUUGUUUGUACGUGCAGGGUUAAGCUUGACUGCGAUGAAUUUUCUUGGCCAACGUGCAAUUGACUGUGCGCAAUCACCGGAUCUUCGAUUUGCUGUGAAGAAAGAGGCAGGUCAUCGCGAUGUAAUGAUAAGCUAUAGCCACGCUCAUGCAUCGCUGGCUUGUCAGAUUCGAGAUGCCCUGGAAUGCCAUCGCGUGACGACAUGGAUCGACACGAUGGGGCCUACGGGUAUCACUGGUGGUGCAGUGUGGCGUCAGGAGAUAGCACGCGGUAUUCAAAGUAGUGCGCUCGUGCUUGCUGUACUGACGAAAGACUAUCCGCAGUCUCAAUGGUGUAUGAAAGAGCUUGCGUUCGCAAAGAUGCAGAAUAUUCCAGUCGUGGCGAUUCAAUGCGAGGACAUGGAAAUUUCCGAGGAACUACAAGUUUACUUGUGGACUCGUCAAGUGAUUGAUUUUAGGCCAGCAGUGAAACAACUCUACGCCAUCAAAUAUAACGAAAAUCAGUCAUAUCCGCCAUCUGAUGAACAGAUCGGUGAAAGCGCCAAGAAAAAGGAGUGCGUGACUAUGCGCAAUAGUUCACACACCGUGGAGGAUAGCGAGUCGCAUGGAGUCUAUAGCGACGAAAUUAAUUCUAUCAACGAAGCGGAUGGCAUCAGGCUUGAACCAGACAGCAACGAUAAUGUCUUUAGUCAUUGCCUGCGAAUGCUCUUGGAUGGCAUUCAAGAUCAGAUUGAAGAGCACCGAGCUCGACUAGCUCGGCGUCAGGCGCAACAGCAGCAGGUUCAGCUUCCUAGGCAUGAGAUGGACGAUCGAGCUGGCGAAAAUGCGUCUCAUUGUGAGAGUUUUUGCGAUGAUAGCGAGUGCUCCCGCGUAGAAGACAAAAGAUUAUGUGAAACAUCUUCUGUUUGUGGAAACCUUGGUGAAUGUGAAGAUGCCGAAACGAUCAACUUUCCGGAAGAUAUCCUCACUGUACCACUUUCCCGUCCCUUUCGUAGGAUCGAGUCGCUUGUAGCCCUUACGACCGCUGAUUCGUUCGUAUUUAUCGCACACGGAGAUUAUCAUCGUUCUUUCUGCCUGCGUCUACGAAAGUCUUUAUUGAAGCAAGGUGUUCGUUGUGUUGUGGACCAGUCGGCGCUUUCAGUACGAUACGCGCAUCAGUCUCAAGAGUACGCGGCUACUGACUUGACAAGUGAAGAUAUUGGAUCAGAUGUCAAUGAACGUGAUCAACGUCUUUCCGUUCAGACUCGCCAACUCGCUGCAAAAGAUGCCAUCAUUGCUUGCUCUGCUGUCUUGGUCAUUCUGUCACGUUUAACAGUGAAUUGUGAUCUGCUGGCUGACCAACUAGCAUUUGCGGAAGAUCGUGGCAAACUACUAGUUCCGAUCCUUCUGUCGAUGGACAAGGUUGACUUAGCGAAACGCUAUACCUUUUCACGUAGCAUGGUGCACCAUUUUAACAUUUCAUUGGGCUAUGAACAAAGUGUGGAGCAACUUACGAAGCAUUUAAAAAUACAGCAAAGUAAUAAAGCGCGGCAACAGCGCCAUCAACGUCGUGAGCACAGUGAUCAAAAUUUGUUUUCGAGGAUGACAGUGCUGUCUCCAGUUUCAGCCUCCUCUCCGGCACAACGGUCCUCGUCUUUAGACAGCUACACGGAGGUGAUGGAAUUGCCGUCACCGUAUGAGGAUAACAUGCUUUCAACUGACGCUUCCCUUCUACUACCUCCUUUGCCCGUGACAACUAUCAUGACUUCGUUUCAAGGAGAGAGAACGCCAAAAGGGAGCUCGGGUGGCCAUGGAUUGAGUGACUCAGAUAUCGCAAGACGCGACAAAUCACGGUCUGGUAGCUCAAAUGUAAGCACUAGAAGUAGAGAAAGCAGUUUGCGAUUGACUGGAUCAUCACAACAUCGACACAGCACUCGAAGUAUCUCUGAGGACAUUGUAUGA